CGUCUCGGCGUGCCACUCUUUGCCGGCGGCGGCGGACCGCCGGAAAUUUUGUUCAAGUUUUUUUUUUUGAGAUUAAGAAAUAUUGUUCGAGUGGUGCCUAGUUGUUCUUUUUUUUGGGCUGCGUUCAGUCUGUGCCAGAUCGUUUGGGCUGUGCCAGGAUCCUUUUUGGGCCUGGUUGGGCCAGUUCCAGUUUUGGGCUGGGCCUCGCAUAUCUAGGCUCCGGAAAGAAAUUGCGGCCCUCGUCUCCGUCAUCCGAGUGAGAAAAGAAGGCCCACUCUGCCCAGUCCCCACACGGCCACUGGCCACACCGCACCAACUCACCGGCCCCCUCAAAAAAAAACCAACUCCCCGGCGGGCGGCGGCGCCGCGCUCGUGGCGAUCCCCCGGCAGUCUCCGGCGGCACGUGGCAGUUCAGCGGCAUGGACACGGAGGACGACGGCCUCGACGCCGAGGCCGAGCGGGGUGCUGCUGCCACGGCGGCGGACGGCCUCCCCGACGACGCCGUCGUGGAGAUCCUCUCCCGCGUCCCCGCGAGGUCCAUCCACCGGUUCAAGUGCGUCUCAAAGCCCUGGCGCGACCUCAUCGCCGACCUGCUCCACCGGAAGCGGCUCCCCCAGACCCUCGAGGGCUUCGUCUGCUGCGCCGGCGCGGGCGCCAGCUUCCACGGGCGCUUCAUCAGCCUGCCUGGGAGUGGAAGAUCCGCUUCUCCCGUCGACCCUUCCUUCUCCUUCCUCUCGAAGCUGUCCGGGAUCGAGAGCAUCGAGCUCGUGGGUUCCUGCAAUGGGCUCCUCCUCUUCAAGCGGCGGCCGGAAUCGCGGCGUCGGCAGACCGGACUACGCCGUGUGCAACCCCGCCACUGAGCAGUUGGUGGCCGUGCCCGGCCCUGGCCGUCCCUCUCCUGGUCCGGUAUCAGAAGUGCGCACCUAUUUGAUCUUCGAUCCAGCCGUAUCGCCACACUUCCACUUGGUCCAUAUCUGGCAGGAAGAUUUCCUGGGUGUGAUUGAGGUGCGUGCCUACUCGUCUGAGACCAGGGCGUGGAGUGAUUGGGCAAGCCAACCGAGGCGAUCGCAAGAUGGUGGUGGAUGGAAACGAUGGGUUAAUGGUGGAGCCAUACUGACAUCAACUGGUGCCUGUGUUAACGGCAUGGUGUAUUUAAUCAUCUCCAACAUGCAGGGGAAGUAUUUGAUAACUAUGUUGGAUAGGGAAGGGAAGAUGUGUGGGAUCAUUCGCUGGCCAGACAAUCGUGAUUUUCCUCGUUUUGUCGGCCAAUCCCAAGGGCUCCUGCAUUGUGUGGGUUUACUUUUGGAACGGGAAGAAAAUUGUUUAAAGUGGGCUGGACUGUCCAUUUGGGUUCUUAAGGACUAUGAUACAGAAGAAUGGGUCCUCAAGCACAGGGUGAGCUUCUUGGAGCUGUUUGGACAAAUGAGUUGCCUGGAUGGUUAUAAUAGCAAUGUGCUUGCCAUUCAUCCGGAUUGCAAUUUGAUUUUCAUUCUUUAGCAUAGUAGCCAGGAGCUGAUAUCAUAUGACAUGGACAGUAAGGAAUUGCAUGCUUUCCACACUCUUGGACACAACUAUGGGUCUCCUACUCCAUAUGUUCCCAGUUUCCUGAAGUUGGUGCUUGCAAAUGAGCAUUGAAAUGUUGCUUUUGAGGUACUCAUGGGGAUAUUCUUCAGUAAAUUGAUCCCCAUGUAUGGAGAAGUUAGCAACCUGGGUGAAUGAAAUCUGUGAGAACUGAGCAAAUACAUUGCUGGUGACUUGGACAGAUUCGCUCUCAGUUGAGAGACAUCUGUGUAAGGCAGUUUUACAUAUGCUAGUUACCUUAUUAAAUGAAGUUGCCCUGCUUGUGAUGAUUUAACUUUAAGAGCUCCAUUUACCAACUUUAAACUGCUAUCUUUUGUGAUGUCAGAAUUCUGAUCUUCUUGUAUACUUAUAUAUUUUUUUUGGUUGGCCUUACUAGUCAGUGAUUACUAACUGUGAGCUUUUGGUUUCCUCAGUCCUGUAUGUGCUUAUUAUGCUGAAUGAACGAAUCUUCCAUAUAUUGUAAACACUGCAUGUAUAGGAAAGGUUUUACUAUAAUUUUCAGUCAA